AUGCUGCUACGCAAUCUCAGCCACGCUCAAUGCGCCCACCGGGUCCACCAGGCCCGGGAAAUGGGCGACCUCCAGGCCCUGGAUACGAUGAUCGCCGUGGCUAUCCUCCUGCUCCCGGUGGAAGACCACCGCCGCAAUCGCGAUCAAGAACACCUGGUGGACGACCACCCCCCGGCGGUACCUUCGACAAUCCCUUUCCCUCCUUUCCAAAUCGAGACCCAAGAGAUCCGAGGGCCCCCAGAGAUCCCCGAGACCCUAGAAGCGCUAGAGAUCCUAGAGACCCCCCGAGACCCGAGGGAUCGGCGCCGUCCGCCACCCCGGGGGCUAGAGCAAGAUAUGGCUGCAAUGGACAUUAAUGGCAGGGCCCCGCCUAGGCCGCACACUUCUAAUUCUAAUGGGAGACGGCCAGACAUGCGACAGCCACCUCCACGCGGACCACCACCAGGACGGGGCCGAGGUGGCUACCCAAUGGGACCCAUGCGAGCUGCUAGCUCAGGCAGACCAGAUCGACCUGAUAGAGACUAUCCAGACUCCAUGGCCCCGUCUAUGCCUCCGCCACCAAGAAGCGCAACGAUGCCGCUCGGACCAGGCGCACCGCUCUACCCAGGCCAGUCGACCUACCAAGAAACAGAUUACCCAGCGAGCUCCAUAGGCGAAUCUCCUAUGCGUCCUAAUACUGCUGGAAGCAUGCGACCCCCACGAUCUCGUGCCCCCAACGAUAUAGACCCAGGCCUAAUGAUCCCUGCGGCUGGAUUGAUGAUCCCCCCAGAGCCUGCCAAUCGUGUUUCAUAUGCGCCCAAGGAAUUUCUGGACAGCUAUUAUGACUCCAGUGGUGCUAUUGCCGAUGAACCCGAUAUGCCUAAUUUCGAUGCCAUGCCAGACCCUCGGCAUCACACCCCGAUUGAUGAGAUGGGCCUGGAAACAACACCGGUUAAGAAACCAGUUCAUGAUACGAAUUCUUCACCUGGAGACUACUCGUAUCCUUCCAACGGAGUGGAGGUUGCGCACUCCCAAUCUCAACCAGAUUUCCAACAAGCAGAGGGUGCCAAUCAGUUUCAAAAUGCGGGAUUUCAGUUUGGCAUUCCUGGAGAAGCUUCCCUUCCUCCCGCUUUCGACCACUCAAACUCUGCUGGGUAUGCGUCGAAUGGUUACGAAGAUUACGCCGGUUAUUCGCAUGGUCCUUCCCCGGUCCAGACCAACCAGCCAGGCUAUCCCCACGACCAGGCUGAGAUGUCUGAUCCUCACCAGAAUCCCGAUGCCCUUCCUCAUCACCCAGUCCCGUUCCGCCCUGGCCAUGAUCAAGGGUCAAAACCUGCACCGGUUCGGCAGUACAACGCUCCUGAAACCAUGCCAACCCCCGCUGCUCCACAGCCAAUGAUGGUGUCCAGUGGAGCGGCUCGGACGCCGGUCACGAUUGAAGAAAUACAGCGACUGCAACAACAGGCGCGAGGCAACCCUUCCGACAAGAAGACUCAACUUCUACUCGCCAAAAAACUGGUCGAGGCAUCCACGGUUCUAGUAGGGGACAACAGCAGACUCGACCCGAAAACCAAAGCCAAGGCCAAGGAGAAAUAUGUGAUGGAUGCGCAUAAGAUUCUCAAAAAGCUGGUUACAGCCGGGUACUCUGAAGCCCAGUUUUUCCUGGCUGACUGCCACGGUGAGGGCCUACUGGGACUGGAAGUCGACCCCAAAGAAGCCUUCUCACUAUACCACUCUGCUGCGAAACAAGGUCACGCACAGUCUGCGUACCGUGUGGCUGUAUGCUGCGAGAUCGGCCAGGAGGAAGGUGGCGGUACCAAACGUGAUCCAUUUAAGGCCGUUCAAUGGUACAAGCGUGCCGCUGCACUCGGUGAUACACCCGCCAUGUACAAAAUGGGAAUGAUUAAUCUAAAGGGACUGCUUGGUCAAGCUCGGAACCCCCGGGAGGGUGUAUCCUGGCUCAAGCGGGCGGCUGACCGUGCAGACGAGGAAAAUCCGCAUGCUCUUCACGAGCUUGCCCUCAUGUAUCUGAACGCCGGCGGCAAUGACAUCAUUGUCCGCGACGAGCAAUAUGCCUCCCAGCUAUUCCACCAAGCUGCCGAGCUGGGCUACAAGUUCUCUCAAUUCAAACUUGGUACUGCCUACGAAUACGGCCUCAUGGGAUGUCCCAUUGACAACCGUACAAGUAUAAUCUGGUACACUCAUGCCGCAGCCCAGGGUGAACAUCAGAGUGAACUCGCCCUUAGUGGCUGGUAUCUCACUGGAUCAGAGGGCAUUCUAUCGCAGAACGACACCGAGGCCUAUCUGUGGGCUCGUAAGGCCGCCACCGCAGGUCUUGCCAAGGCAGAAUAUGCUAUGGGAUAUUUCACCGAGGUCGGAAUCGGCUCUGCGGCCAACUUAGACGACGCAAAGAGAUGGUACUGGCGUGCAGCUGCCCAAGGAUUCCCCAAGGCUCGUGAGCGUCUUGAAGACCUUAAGAAGGGUGGAAGCCGAAUGCAAAAGACUCGUCUCUCACGGUCGGCCGUUAACAAGCAGAGUGAUGGGGACUGCGUUCUCAUGUAA